AUGGCAUUUCCAUUAGAUAGAACAACACUUCUACGACACUUACGAACGACUUAUUUGGCACUUGAUAAUGAUGAUAACUCUGGAUAUACCAAAAGAAUAAUCAAACAACAACCUCUAGAUAGAAACAUUCCAACUUUAACAACAACAACUAAAGGACAACUAUCUGAAUCUCCUCCAAUUACAUUUGAAAUUUCAAGACAUUUACAGAAGACUUUGGGCAAGAAUCAAUCAAGAAUAAUACGACAGAAAUCAAAACGUAAACUUUUAAAACAUGCCCCCCUUCCAAAGAUUCCUAUAAUCAACACUAAUGAGACUGAACCCGAUCUGGAUAAUAACAAUAAUGGUUCAAGUACAGAACGAGAAUUAAGCCCCAUAGUAGAACCAGAUCGAGAACUUGAAAGUGAUGAUUCUUCAACAGCAAGUAUUCAAAAGAAUAAUAAUUUUGGUUUAAAUUAUACAAAAACGAGAAAAAAUAGACCAAAAUCAAAGUCAAGAAUCCCAAUUGUUAAAUUCUUUCAAUCAAAGGACAGAACUUCAGAUGUCGAUUCUGAUAGUGAUAGUGAAACGAAGAAACUUGCUCAUAUUAUGGUUACAUCACCUGGACAUGAUACAGAAUCUAUUGAUAAUGCUGAAAUAACAGAGCCAGAGGUAGAAGAGAAAAUUAAUAAAAGAGGAAGAACAAAUAACAAAGAUAAUUCAGAUACUAUUACAAUAGAUAGCGACUUUGGAGUACCUGUUAAUGCAAGUGGCAAUGUAGUUCAUAAUUAUACUGGAACUAUCUUGAUGUCUGAAGACUCGGAAGGCGGGGAAGAAUAUGCUGAUACUACUGAACUUGAUAUACAAGAAGAAUAUGAUGAUGACGAUGUAUAUGAUAGUGAUGAAUCUGGUGAUUUCACGUAUGAUUCCGGAUUUACUGAUAUUGAUAAUGAUUCAAUGAUUGAUUCUUCACUUAUGGAUUCAUUUAAUGAAAAUGGGGAAAGUGUUUCAUUUGGCAAUCAGGGCAGUAGCAAUAUUUCCAGUUUUGGAGGCGGGCCUGCUAGCAACUCUAAGCGUUCAAGAAAGAAGAAGUUAAGAGGGAUGGUUGGAGAGUCUUUUGAACAGCAUACGGUGCCGAAAGAUAUAGGUGCCAAUGAAGCAUCAAUGAAAUUGCAAGUAUCUACUACAAUGAAUUCAAAAUCCACCCUAUCCAUGAAAAAACCGGUAUUGCAAUUUGAAAAAGUUGAGCCUGUUCGUCGUACUGAGAAUACUGAAUCUAAUUUAAGUUCUUUAAUUCAAGCCAAAUUUAAAUCUCCUAAUGUCAAUCCAUUACAUUAUUUUGCAUUUGUUGAUCCAAAUCUUGAUACUAAUCGUAGUCACCGGUCAUCAGUAGAUAUCUUUGUUCCACCAAAUACCAUACCGGUCAUGAAAGAUUUAAAUAUAAACAACACAGUUUCCAUAUUUGAUUGUAUUGGAUUCAUUCUCCUAAGCCUAUAUAAAUUACCCGAAUUCAACAAUAUCACCGACCUCACAUAUCUAAAUCCAAAUUAUUGGCGAUUGGAACUCGUGGAUGAAGAUGGAGAAAACUAUGGAUCAUUUGGUGUAUUGGAUAGAACAAGAAUAUUCUCCACAUAUAAUAAUCCGAAGGAAUUGGCAAUUUGUCGAAUUACUGAUGGAGGUGAAAUCACCAAGAAUGAUACUAUUUCACCAUUGCCAACUGAAUUGAAACAAAGCUUACAUGCAUUCCAACGGAAAAGAUAUAGUAUUAAUCAAAUUAUGGAAAAUGAGGAUGAUUAUGAUGAUGACGAUGACGGACAAGAACAAAUAGAAUUAUGCAUAAAUGUAGUUGAAUAUGAUGAUUCCAUUCCAGAAAAAGUUCAAUUUAAGGUACCACAUAAUUAUAAUAUGGCCCAAGUAUUAAGGGAAUUUUGUAUUCUGCAUGGAUUAAUAACUACAAGAUAUAGAUUUAGACAAAUGGACCCACAAACUGGAAGAAAUCGAUAUUUGAAAGAUGUAGAGAAAGCAUCUGGAUUAAAACUGAAAACAAUGGAGUUGAUACGGUUGGAAAAUAAACUAAAUCUGAUUCUUGAUAAUACUGCACUGGUUUUGGAUAACAAUAUAACUCCUUCCGAAGCACCCAUGAUCACUCCCAUGGGUGCUGAUCGUCUUGAUGAGAAUAUGAAUCAAUUGAAACUAGAGCCAGCAGCAGCAUCCAAGCGACCUGAUAUUAAGCAACGCCGUGUUGAGUCGAAUUCAUCGUCCAAAGCUAUAAAAAAGGCAAUCAAAGCUAAUAAAUACCUUGAUGAUAUAUUAUUAGGUAACAACCCCCAACUCCCUACCAACAUCAAUACAGUUUACUUCAAAUGGAGAGUCUUCAAGAAUAAUAGUAGGAUGAAAAUCAAAAAUUUCAGUGAAAAGAAUUUCAUCAUUGAUGGGGAUUAUAUCCAUCUCACUCCACCUGAUGAUUUCGAACUUCGAAACCCUAUGGAUUCUGUGAAUGAUGCCACGACGGCAACUACCCAUUUCCCUCAUCAUUUGGGACAUAAAUCACACAGUAAACAACUGUCCUCCAAGACAUAUUCGUUUCAUGUCACUCAAAUUGCGAAGUUGAAACGAUAUACCAAACCGCUGAAUUAUUUCCGGAUCGUGGUUGCGAGUCUGCCAAUGGGUGAUAAUGCUGGUGGUGGAGGUGGUGGUGGGAAGGAUGCUAGUAUGAAGAAGUUUCAUUUGGUGGCAAUGAGCGAUGAUGAAUGUAAAGAGAUUAUGGAGAAAUUGAAAUGGGUUUUACAGGUGUAUAAUUUCUCAAGCGUUGGGAUCUAG